CAACUUCCUGCAUUUUUUUGAGAAUGCCUCAAGUUAUUAUCAUCAAUUACUUACCACUGAUAAUUCUUCGUGGUUGGUGACUGCUGAGAUUACUGAUAUGGUGCUGACGUGACUUUCUUUUUCACAUAGCUCUAAUAACCUUUUAUUAGUUCAAUUCUCAAAUUUCCAUAACAAUGGCAGACGAAAAUCCCGCGGUAGCGAUUCAAAUAGAAAAGGUCGCAAAAACCAACAUUGACGAAUCUCAAAUCAAUAAUGAGGUAAAGAAAAUAACUGACAAAGCAAAUACAGUACCUGAUGAGGCCAAACUUGAAUUGCUGUUACGUGGUAUAACUCAUCUGGACUUGACAAGUUUGAAAGGUGGUGAAACAUUUGAAGAUAUCAAAGAACUGUGCCAGAAGGCAGCCAAUGCCAUUGAUGUUAGUUUUGAUGGAGAGAAGCCAGUGCAAACAGCUGCAGUAUGUGUUUUUCCAGCGAGCGCGCGUGAUGCAAUCAAAGCUCUAAAUGAAUUGAAUGCAAGAGAGAAAGUAAAAGUUGCUAGUGUUGCUGCAGAUUUCCCAGCUGCACAGCUUUCUUUGGAAACUCGUUUGGAAGAAAUCAGACAAGUAGUUGACUAUGGAGUUGAUGAAGUUGAUAUUGUUAUUAAUAGGAAGUUAGCUCUUGCUCAUAAAUGGAAAGAACUUUAUGAUGAGCUGACUUUGGCUCGCAAAGCAUGUGGCAAGGCUAAAUUGAAAACAAUAUUAGCUACUGGUGAUCUUCCCAGUUUGCAAGAUGUCUAUACUGCUUCGUUUGUAGCUAUGCUAGCUGGUUCUGACUUCAUAAAGACAUCUACAGGAAAAGAGGCUGUAAAUGCUACACUUCCUGUUGGUGUAGUUAUGUCCAAAGCUAUUAGAGAUUACCAUGCUGUUUCAGGAAAGAAGAUUGGAUUUAAACCUGCUGGAGGAAUAAAAACAUCGGAAGACAUUGUACAGUGGUUGACUCUCAUCAAAGAAAAAUUAGGAAAUGACUGGCUUACCAAAGAUUUGUUCAGGAUUGGGGCAUCAAGUGUCCUUGAUGACAUUAUCAAAACUGUGGACACUUUAAAAUCGUGAAUGAUGAAGAUCAAUAAUAUAAAUAUAUAAAUUUUUACCAAAUCAUUGUUAUAUUUUUAUAAUAUUUGUAAUGAAAAAUAAUCAUUUUGUUGUAAGAUAAAAAUACUCAAUAAAUUAGUUAUAUUUGAACAAUA